AUGAAAAAAUUAAAACCAAAAUGCAAAAAAGUAGCAAUAGAAUUAGCUAUGGCUGCUGUCAGAGAACUAGCUGAUGAUUCAUCUAUUAAACUUCCUCGUGUUAUUCCCAUACCUAAAACUGGUGGAGUAUUACCCUUGAUCCCGAUUUUUGCGGGACUAUCAUCGGCGGGAGCCUUAGCAGGCGGUGCGGCUGGUAUUGCUAAAACCAUAAAUGAAUUCAAAAUGGCUAAAAAGCUGUAUGAUGAAUCAAAGAGACACAAUGAAAAAAUGGAGGCUCUUUGCAUUGGAAAAGGAUUACAUCUUGAACCGCAUAAAGAUGGACUUGGUAUUUUUGUAUCUAAAGAAAAAAACUAA